UCUGUGAUCAGCCAUUCAGGAUUUUCCCCGUCAUGUGGCACACUCCGGAUCCCAGCGCGGAUUUAGUUAGUUUGUCCAUUCUGGGUGUGUUAGCCGAAGAGGACGAUGACUUCAAACAACGGCAAUCCAGCGCGCGUCGUAAAGUUGUUGCUAGACCCAGAAACGCCCCCCUUGUCAACACCCAGGAGGAUCCGAACGGCAAUCGGCAACCGCCAUUGCAAAUCGUUUGGCGAAAUGUAUUAGUAUUCAUUUAUCUGCACGCCGCUGCCAUCUACGGCUUCUAUCUCUGUUUCACGGCCGCUAAAUUACCAACUUUAGUUUGGGCGUUUUCCUUGUUUAUUUACGGUGGCUUCGGAAUAACGGGCGGAGCGCAUCGAUUAUGGGCUCAUCGUUGUUACAAGGCGAAAUGGCCAUUACGUCUGUACGCCGCCAUAGGCCAAACUAUAUCCGUCCAGAAUGACAUUUACGAGUGGAGCAGAGAUCAUAGGGUACACCAUAAAUUUAGUGAAACGGACGCCGAUCCGCACAACGCCCGACGCGGUUUCUUCUUCGCUCACGUUGGAUGGCUGUUGUGUAAGAAACAUCCCGAGGUGAUACGUCGAGGUAAGACGAUCGAUAUGAGCGACGUCCUACAAGAUCCCAUCGUGGCUUUCCAGCGAAAGUAUUACAUCCCGUUGGUGUUACUACUGGCGUUCGCCAUGCCAGCGUUCGUGCCCUGGUAUUUUUGGGGCGAGUCGUUCAAAACGGCUUUCUUCGUCGCCGCCAUUUUUCGUUACGUUUUCACGCUCAAUGUGACGUGGCUCGUGAACAGCGCCGCUCACCUGUGGGGCAGUCAUCCCUACGACAAGGGAAUCAAUCCGGCCGAGAACAAGAUGGUUGCGUUCCUGACAUCCGGCGAAGGUUGGCACAAUUACCAUCACGUUUUCCCGUGGGACUACAAAUCGGCCGAAUUAGGUCAUUACAGCAUGAACGUGACGAAGGCCGUCAUCGAUUUCUUUGCUUGGAUCGGAUGGGCUUACGAUUUGAAAACCGUUCCGGAAAAGAUCAUUCGAAAUCGCGUCCAUCGAACGGGCGAUGGCACUCAUCCGUUCGCUUUGGAAGACAGCGAGUACACGCUGGACGACAUGACAGUUAACGAUGAUUUGUUUAGCGAAAUCGUUCCGCAAGAACGUUAGGGCAGUUUCCGUUUACACCGCUACAGGCAGCAAAAACAAUUGAAGAUGUUUCUUUGUCUUUUGUUGUUCUUUUUUUUUUGUUUGCAGUAGGCAUAGUAACCUACUUUCUGAGAACUGGAGUCGCUUUUACUAUUCCCCCUUCCCUAAGUAUUUUUUUUUUUAAACAAAUUUGCGUUUAUCUCUUUACAUUUUGAAUUGUCUGCGGGAAUCAGACUAAAUCUUCUAUGUAUACGAGGCCGUAUUCAGAUUUUAGCGGCACCUUAUGUUGGUCAUUGCCUUAUCGUUUCCCGUCAAUAUACAUUUUCUUUUUUUUUGUCUA